ACUAAUAAUACAUGGGCAUUAUGAUUGGAAAUAAAGCAUUAAAGAAAGCGCGAAGAGAAUCUGUGUGUGUGUAGCUAAUUGAGUUUACGCGAUCAAUGAAGUGGUCUAGAACAGCAAUGAAACCUCACGUGCAGGGUGCUGUAGCUUUUUGUUUGUUUGAAUAAUAAUCAUGUUGAAAAGGUAACAAGCUUUCUCGGUAAUGCGUUGAUAAAAGGGAGAGUUUGUUUGGUCCAUUGGUAACGUAGUAGUGCUUCUUCUUCUUCCACCUCAACUUUCUUCUUCUUCUUCUCUCUCCAUCUCUUUUCCCACUUCUCUUCCUCUCUCCACUACUCUCCCUUGUAGCUUCCCACAACUCUCUCUCUCUCUCUCUAUAUAUAUAUAUAUAUAUAAUCUCCCACAAAAGUAUUGUGUUCGUGACCUCGUGAGGAAAACUCACGAACAAUGGCGCUAGAGGCUGUGGUAUUUCCGCAAGAUCCGUUUCCGUACGCUUGCAAGGAUUAUUUUUACUCCCCAGUAGGAGCAGCACCCAACUACGGUUUUCAAGCGGCGGAAGAAGAGAAACUCCUCCUAGGAAUCAUCAACAACAACAUAGAGGACAAUCUAUACACAACCUGGGAUUCCUCUUCUACCUCGGUCUUGCAAAAUGUGAAGGAACAAUGGGAUUCUCACUCCUCCCCUGAAGCCUGCACCGUCGAUGAAUCCAUGAUCCCACCUCUUUCUUCCUCGGCCGAAGCCACCGCCACCGCAACAACCACCACCACUCGACGCAAACGGCGCCGUACGAAGAGCGCUAAAAACAAAGAAGAAAUCGAAAACCAGAGGAUGACCCACAUUGCAGUUGAACGGAACCGCAGAAAGCAGAUGAACGAGUACUUAGCCGUACUCCGAUCCUUGAUGCCCUCCUCUUACGUUCAGAGGGGUGACCAAGCUUCUAUCAUUGGAGGGGCCAUUAACUUCGUGAAGGAGUUGGAACAGGUUUUGCAAUCAAUGGAAGGUGAAAAGAGAAGGAAGCAGGGCGAGGAAGAGAAUGUUGGGUUGAAUGGGUGGACAACACCCUUUGCCGAGUUCUUCACGUUUCCUCAGUACACGACACGUGGCACGCAGAAGCAGGAACAGAAACAGUGGGCCGUAGCAGACAUUGAGGUCACCAUGGUCGAUAGUCAUGCCAAUCUGAAGAUUCUCGCGAAGAAACAACCCUCGCAUCUCAUCAAGAUCGUUCUCGGCCUUCAAAGUCUCAGACUCACCAUUCUCCACCUCAAUGUCACCACUCUCCACCACAUGGUUCUUUACUCCAUCAGCGUCAAGGUAGAGGAGGGGUGCGAGCUGAACACGGUGGAUGAAAUUGCGGCGGCGGUGAAUCAACUGUUAGGCACAAUCCAAGAUGUUGCAUUCAGCUGAAUUAAACAUAAUUAAUUUUGUUUUAAUUCAUUUAAAAAGAUUCUCUACCCUUCUCUUGUUGGUGGAGUAAUUUAGGAUAUAAGUGAUUGUGUCCGUUGCAACGUGAGAGGGGGUUAACAACGUUGUUCUAUCUUUUUUUUUUUUUUUUUUUUAAUGUAGUUGAAAUGCGUAAGGCUGUAUCUACAUCCAACUGCCUAACAAGUUUCACUGAAAUACUAGUCCAUUUCAAUAAGCUGGGAGUUACUAUGCA